AUGUACUCGUAUGUACUCGUAUGUACUCGUGUGGUGGUUUAGUCACGAUCGCAUUAUGGCGGUUCGAUGACUCACUUUAGUGAAAGACGUUUUGACUUUUAUCACUAUACGUUUACCACAUCCUUUGAACAUUUUCGUGUGACAGGAAAAAAAAAAAUUGCGGAAAUGGCAACGACAGAGCAAACAGUUGAAAAUAACAACACGCAAAUGCUUGACGUAGUCAGCCGAACGCAAAUUGUGACAGACCUGGACACAAUAAAACAAUUGGAAAAUACGGUCGAUUGUCAAAAGGAAACCCAAGACAAAAUGACAUUUGACUUGGAAUAUUUGCAGUCAGUACUUUCCUACAUGUCAAACCUCCGUGUUCCAAUAACUUUGGAAGGUGAACAUGAAAAAAUUCAUGAGUAUUGUCGUUUGAUUGAAUCUAUUGCUGAAGUUUGUCAAGUUAAAGUCAGAGAGCUUAAAGAACGUUACGAUGAAUUCAUUUCAAAGACGUGCGAUGAGUUUUACAAGAUGAAAAUUGAGGGGCGGAAAAUUAUGCAGGAAUCUUGUGUGUCAGAUCAUGGCGAAGAAUACCAAGAUCACCCGCAAGAAGCAAUCAAGGCAAUGACACCAGAAGAAAAUGAAGAUGAGUUGAAUGGUUCUUUGUACGACAGUGAUUUUGAGUCUCAAAAUAUGUUGGAGACCGAAAGAGAAAGACUUCCACAAGAACGCAGUAAACCUUGUUCCGACCAUCAACCUCAAAAUAUUCUGCAGAGCGAAAGGAAAAGUCUUCCACAAGAAUCCGAUGAGCCAAAUACAGACAAUCAAUUAUGCUGCCUCGAUCCAAGGAAAAUGAUUUUCUGUAAACGGUCAUGUGGUUUAGUUGCCCUGCAGGUGAUGCUCUAUGAAGAAGGAGUACGUUUUUGUAUGUCAAGGUUUUGUCAGAAAUUACAACAAAUUACGGUGAAAGAUGUGUUCGAAAACAAGGAGACAAAAAUGCAAGAGAAGCUUGGAGAAAUGGAUGGUUUGUUGCCAUGCACAAAAGUACUUCCUGUCCUAAAUGAAAAAGGCUUCUUGAGAAAAAUAUUCCUCAAACGGUGCACGGAUGACAACAGAGGUCUUCUACUGGAAGAUGUGAAAAACGCUUUUAAAAAUUCAAAGCGUAAUGCAGGUGUUUUGCUUUAUCACACGAAUAAAAUAAGCCAUUGCGUUAAUCUGGUGAAACACAUGAAGGAAGUUAAAAUUUACGAUGGCACCAAUGGUAGAGACAAUCCGAUAGACUUUGAUAAAGCCCUUUCUGCUCAGGUUGUUGUCUUAUCUUUUACAAACGAUGAAAAUGAUGAAAACUAUGGAAUUUCUGUCAUUGCCAGUAAAUGGUUUGAUUGCUAUUCGGACAUUUGCAAAACGGAAUAUGUCCAAAGUCACGCAAAUAAUAGAAAUCUUAGUUGUUCAAGUAGGAUGGUGGCAGCUGAUGGUCUUUAAACUUAAAAUUUGUUUUUGGUGUUAGCCAAAUUCCGAAACUUCCCACCCUCGCUCAAUUAUAAAGAACUCAAAAAGAAGCAUGUGAACUUACAUAAUAUAGAUUUUAGGGCAAACAAGAAGACAUUGACAACUCAUCCCACAACUUACGUAGCAACAUACCGAGCUUCCCAACAAACCCUAUCGACCUUCUCUUAAGCAUAAAAAGAACCAAAAAAAAGAUCAGGAUAUUAUGCAAUAUGAACCAAUUGAAAAGAAUGGGAAAAUGCCAAUUAGGCGCUCAUUAUGCCAACCAAAAAAAACAGAUAAAAGCCUCAAAGGCAAAAACCACCAAACGACCUGACAAGUUGAAAAGUUGUUACCCCAAGAAAGAAAAAAUUCAGAAAACGUAGAUAACACACAAGUUGCAAAGCCUCUUGGAUCUUAAAUUAUGGACCAAUAUUAUCUCACUUUCUUCCGUUCGAUUUUAAUCCAUAGAAAUAGAUUUUUGAAAGAAAAAGUAAAAUCCUAUCUACUUAUCAAGUGCAUAGCAUUAACCAGUGGCUAUCCAGUCUUCUUCUCACCGGCCUUCUGAGCAAUGCUGUACGAUCUGUGCUCCAAAUUCUUCAUAUGUUGAUUUUGAUGGCUAAGUUACUUUAUGGUGUCUACUCGUGCUAUCAAACAAACGAAACAGAUACUUAUUCGUGGAAACGCUUUAUCAACAGAGCACUGAACCAGACAAUUUUUAAUUAUUUUCAGAACAGAAUAAACGUUACGACAUUUAACAGGGCGAAGAAAACAGUUUCAUCGAAUCCUUUGGUUGCCACAUCACGUGACCAUUUACGCCUCUAGGUGUUGGAUAAAUCGUAUCUUAACUUUGUCGAGUAAAAUGUCUCACAACUUGGUGACAUAUAGUGAUCACUACACCGUAAUUGAAAGGUACAGGCGACAAAAUGAUGAUGUUCUGUUUGAUAGCGAUACAUGUGACCACAUUUUACUGGAAACAAGACCUAUCUAAGUUGUUUCAACAGUUUGAUAUGAAUGAACGCAAUCAUCAACGAAAAUUGAAUACCACUGAGGCGAUUCAAAAGUUUUCAUUAAUGGAAGACUUACUGGCAAGAUGUAAGGGAAGAAAUAGCUAUAGCUAUAAAAUUUCUGAUAAAGUUGAAAAAACAAUCGGAAGAUAAAUUAUUAAUUUAUGUAUAAUAGCUGGUUCUUUAUAACAUACAAUAACUCUACCAUUUUCAAAUUUUGUUUGAUAUUUCUAUAUGAGUGACGGAUCUAUGACACAUCAAUCAGAAUAAAUUAUUGUAGCUCGUUUGGGGUUUAAAAAAUACCUUAGAGGAAAUUUUUUUGAUAAAAUUUUAUCAUUUAGAAAUUCAAAUAUUUAGUUUACUUCUGAAAGUGUUUUGUAUUAAAAAUUGAGCAUCGAGCCUAUAAUUUAUUAUGACUAACACUGGAUCCGCCAUUGUAACAAAAUAUAUUUAAUCACAAAACUAGCUUCAAAAGAGUUGUACGUAAAGUUUUUAAUAUUAUUGAAUUUGGCAUUAAUGAGCGUA